CCCAGCUGAAAGUAAGAUUAAAGAGAACGCGCUGCGCAUGCUACUGUAUCUCGCACAUUAACAUGGCUGCUCCGUCAGAGAAGAACCAGGGUAUUAAGUUUGCAGAGAACCAGCUGAGAAGACAUGGCUGGGUUGAAGGAAAGGGCCUCGGGAAACAGGAGAAUGGAAUCUCCGAAGCUAUCAAAGUGAAAGUAAAAUGCGGCAAAGCCGGGGUGGGGCAUAACUCUGCAGAGCAGUUUACGUUUCACUGGUGGGACCACGUCUUCAACCAAACUGCCUCCAGCAUUGCCGUGGAAGCAGGCAAGGAUGGAGUUCAGGUGAAGAAGCUGAAAGAGGAACCUAGCGAAGUGACAAACAAGAAGCCCCGCAAAGCUCUCUUAAACAAAGAUAUGCUGUACGGCCGCUUCGUUAAGACUGCCACGCUGAUGUCCGGCGGGGAGAUGCCAGUGGAAAAGUCUUCAUCUUCAGAAAGCAGCGACAGUGAGGAUGAGGACGAGAAGCUGAAUUUAUCCUCGGCAACAAAGCUGACAGAUGAAGACUUAAUGAAGAUCUGUGGAGGCCGCACUGCGCAUAAAGGAGCCAGGCACGGAUUGACUAUGAGCGCUAAACUCUCCCGUCUGGAAGAACAGGAAAGAGCAUUCCUUGAGAAAUAUGGAAAUAAAAAACCGGAUGACAAAAAAACGUCUUUAGACGAAGCCUUAGGGUCGGGCAAAAAGCACAAAAAGAAUAAGAAGUGUUCUAGUGAACCAGAGAAUGAUGGUAGCGACGACAGCCCUUCUGAGCUGCCAACGAGGAGGAAAAAGAAAAAGAGAGAGCUGGAAAAAGAACAUGGAGAAUUAGUGUUGAACAGUUGUGAGGACAAAGCAGAGCAAGCUGUCCACCCAGAAGGCACAAGUGUUACAAAAAAGAAAAAAAAAAAGAAAAAUAAGCAACGGGAUUGCCCAGAGCACUCUGUGGAGCACGUGAAGUCUAAGAAAAAAAAUAAACACAAAGAGUGAACACAGCCAAAGCUAACAAUGAUGACAAAAAGAUAAAGCCAAAUGUUUUGUCUUUAUGAAAUGUCUUUAAAAGGAACACUUAAGGUGACGAUGGUAAAGGUGAUUGCUUCCAGUGGACGAUGAAAGUCUUACAGGAUCUGAACCACUGUGAUUUGGGUGGAAAGCUGAUCAUUUUAGUUUGGACAAAAUAACUGCUCUCCUGUAAACAGAAGACAACCAGCCCUCUUUGGAGACAUUGUAAUGCCUUAAAACUGCAUUGAAUUUGUAAGUGGGACUUGUUUGCAAUAAAAUCUAGUUUAAAUGUUU